GAGCUCCAUGGAAGCGGGCUCCUGACAGCUGAUUCAGCCACAUGGCCCCGCCUGGACCAUAUUCACCCCUGCAAAUCCUGUGGUCAGCUAAAGGUAAAGCUUUCGGGGGCCAUUAGAUUCCUCUGCACAAUUCAUGGCCAAAGUCAACAGCGGUUCGUCCGGUUGCAGGGCCAUGGCCAUGGCUGGCCAGUUUUGGACGAAACCGUCAGCCCUGAGUCAGCAGAGGAGCGCUCAUCAUCAGCGGAGACUAGUCACAGUGAAUCAGCGCAUGAGAUCAGCCAGUGCUGCGGGACAGUGGAGCAAAGCCCCAGCGUGGACCCAGCAGGAGCUCCUCAACAACACCACCCCGAGUGAGCUCAACGUCUGGUCUAACCGCACUCUGAUCUACAGAGAUGUCAAGGCUUUUCUUAAUCAAAUUGGAGGUGAUCCACGGGAGGCUCGGUACUGGCUAACACACUUUCAGCGGGCUGGUUUAUCUCCAGCGUUUGCGGUCCUGGAGGUUGACACAUCAGUGUUUGAUAGCCGUGAGAUGGUUCAGAGCCUGGCCUUUGGGCUCUCAUUCCUGCAGCGGAUGGAUAUGAAGGUUGUGGUGGUGAUGGGAUUGCCUCCUGAGAUGGAGGAAGAGGACAGCACCAAAACUGGGACUAAUUCCUCCCUUGCCAGGACUGUGAUGGUGAAACAUUGCCAGGCUUUAACAGAAGCACUUCAGCACAACUCAGCCAAUGUGAUGCCCUUCUUUAGUUCAGAGGCCCUUUUACAACUGCAGGACCCUCAGGAUAAGAGCAGCAGUGGUCCCACAGUUGUUGUGGACUCAGCUCUUCUGCAGUGGACUCUGGACUGUAGAGUCAUUCCGCUGGUCUGUCCAGUGGGCCGCGAUGAAGGUGGCCGUUCUUCUGUUCUCAGCCCGAUCCAGGUGACGGCAGCCAUCUCGCAAUCACUGCAGCCCCUGAAAGUCAUAUUCCUGAACAGCUCAGGGGGGCUCCGUAACCAAAACCACAAGGUGUUGGGUUUAGUGUCAUUGCCUGGAGAUUUGCCAGGCCUGAGUUCUGUGAAAUGGCUGAGUGACAUGGAGAAAAAGCGCAUCAGUACCAUUGCACAGCUGCUCAACCUGCUGCCGGUAGAGAGCUCGGCUGUACUCACCUCAGCAGGAACGCUCCUUACAGAACUCUUCAGCCAUAAAGGCGCAGGCACCCUGUUUAAAAAUGGAGAUCCCAUCCACAGAUACAGCAGCCUAAAUGACAUUGAUGUUGGCCGUCUCUUGGCACUGAUUAACAAGUCUUUUGAGAGGAACCUGAGAGAGGAUUACAUAGCAUCUCUCAAGGGCAGACUGCAUUCUAUUUACCUGUCUGAAGGGUACAGUGCGGCUGCUAUAAUCACAACAGAGCCUGUGAACAGCGGCACUCCAUACCUGGACAAAUUUGUGGUCAGCAGCAGUAAACAAGGGCAAGGAACUGGCCAGAUCUUGUGGGAGUGUAUUCGUCAGGACUUGGGCAAGCUCUUUUGGAGAUCCCGUGCUACUAACCGUAUCAAUCCCUGGUAUUUCAAGCACUGUGAUGGCAGUUUUGUAAAUGGUCACUGGAUUGUAUUCUGGCUUGGCCUUUCAGACAUCCGUGAGUCUUAUGAGCUGGUGGAGUAUGCCAAGUGCCUUCCUGACUCCUUCGGCUCUCAAACCAUAACAGAAGCAGAACCCCUUCAGCAACCCCAAGGGUCUUAAAAUCAUACUCAUCUCAUGCCCUGUGAGGUCACUGCAUCAUAUUUUCACACUGUCUUCGAGUAUUGGCUGAGUAAAGGAACAAUUCAAACCCAUAUUUUGACUUCCUUUCUUGAACACAAAAGGAGUUUUGCGUCAUCUGCCCCUGGCCCCCAGCCACUUUCUUUAAAAAAAGGGGUUUUUGUAACAAUGCCGUAUAGAACAGUGGAUCUCAACCUUUCGACUCCAUGGUCCUCCAUUGUCCUUAACAAUAUUCAAAAGCCUCCUAGCCCUAGUUCUGUUUUCAAAACUUAUUUUAAUUUAGUUUUUAUAAUUAAAAUAAUUACAUUUCAGGGUUCCAGAGGUUUUAAAAGCUGAGUGUUCCCAAGCUUUUUACCCAGUGACUCUUCCAGUAGAUCAUGAUUUACUGGAGAAGAAUUAAAGAUAAAGAUUUUUUUUUUUAAAUAUUUUUUACUUUCAAUUUCUACCCAAUAAAAUAUUUCAGAGCUUUGCAUAAAUAGUAAAAUGUUUAUUCAUUAUAAAAUUGUCCAUGGAGUUUUAAAAUUGUAUUAAUUUAUGUGAUUCUUCCAGGUCUAUAAAUCACUAUUUUAAAAUCAGGCAACAGUUUCUAAGGGAAAAAAAUGAAGUAAUGUUUAGAUUUAGUUGUUUUAGCUUAUUUUAAUGCUUUUUUUUGUCGUUUUAAUUCAUUUUAUUCAUCUUGAGACCCCUUCUGAAUUUGUGGGCCCCUGCCUCCUGGUUGAGAACCACUGCCAUAGAAGAACCAUUUUUUGUGCCAUAGACGAACCUUUCCAUGAACAUUUCUUAAUAAAAGAACAUUUUUUCUUC